GCGCGGUGGCGGCCGGCGAUAGAGCACACUCCAGUCGACUCGGUAUCGCGACAGAGUACGCGCCCGUUGCCCGCCCGCGUACAGUCGCGCGCGUAAAUAUAUUCUUUAAAGUGAAAACCCUGUGACACCCAAAUGUGAUCAGUUCUAAGUUACCUACGCUGGAUACUGCUUUAAUCAAUUGGAAAACUACAUCUCAAUCAGCGCGUUUGAAAAUAGUAAUAUGCUAUUAGAGAGCAUAUUAUAGGGUAUGUUAAGUGAGUGCAGUGUAACAGGGUACCGAGUGUAGUGGACAUGAUGUGAAGGACUAUACUACCACCAUGUGGGCGGCAGAGCUCAGUUGUAUUUUCAUAUUGUUUGGUGUGUCAGCCGGCGGCGGGGGCUGGGAGCCACUGGGUCAGCCGUACUUCGACAACAGCACGAAGCGCGAGGCCACCGCCGCCGUGGGCCAGCCCGCCUACCUGCAUUGCCGAGUCAGAAACUUAGCUGAUCGAGCUGUAUCCUGGAUUCGCAAACGUGACCUGCACAUCCUGACAGUGGGGGUGCACACAUACAGCAGCGACGCGCGGUUCGCGGCGCUCCACGCGGACGGCUCCGACGAGUGGACGCUGCGAGUGGCGCCCGCACAGCCACGCGACUCUGGCGCAUACGAGUGCCAAGUAUCCACUGAGCCGAAGAUCAGCCUGUCUUUUCGGCUCACUGUUGUUGUGUCGAAAGCGGAGAUCCUGUCUGGCCCGGAGCUGUUCGUGCGUGCGGGCUCCGACAUCAACCUUACCUGUCUCGCGAAACAUGCACCUGAUCCGCCGAGUUUCAUCUACUGGUAUCGUGGCGAGCAAGUGGUGAAUUACGCGCAACGCGGCGGUAUCAGUGUUGAAACUGAGCAGCGGACGCGGACGAGCCGGCUGCUGAUCGCACGCGCAGCGCCGCACGACUCCGGGAACUACACAUGCGCGCCUAGUAGUUCAGAGUCAGCAUCGGUAAUAGUCCACGUGUUGAGUGGGGAGCGUCCAGCGGCCAUGCAGAGCUCUGGGUCAACGCCCCCGCGUCUCAACCGCGCCGUCCUCACCACCCUGGCGGCCAUCUCUACCUUCAACCAGCGACACUGGAUCAUCUUCGCUCUCCCACUCACACAGUACAUCCCCUUCAUCUCAGCCGUGACACUCUUCACUCUCAUCGCCCUCGUGAAUAUAGCUUCAGACUAUAUCUCGCAACUCGCAGCCAACUUUACGACUUCAAGGUGACCAACUUUCGUAUAACUUCCCGAACGUUCUGAACAUCGAGGAAGUAUGUUGUAUUUAGUAUUUAAUUUUUUAUUCGAACGUUGAAUUUAAAUAGUUUUAAUUUGGGAAUUAGUUGGGAUUUUAUUAUUAUGUAUUUUGAAUACAACGAUGUAGAUCGAAUCUUUUGUGGAUUCAAAAUUGGCGACAACGUCGCUGUCAAUUGACAUUUAGGCAUUCCAAAUGCUUUUUUAGUGAAAAUGUGACAUAUAUAAAGAUUAAUUAUGCUUUUGAUUGUUAGUAGCGUCUUAAAGAACGACCGAGAAAGUAUUUAUUGAAAUAAAUAUCUUUUUAUUAUGAAGGAUUAGCGAACCAGAUUUACUUUACAAGCUCUAAGCUAGACGAUAAUCCUUGGCUGAUUCUCGAUUGUUUUUCCAGCUAACUACGCCGUAGUAAUCCCACGCUGAGAUUACGACUAAAUCGAUUUCAUUAUACCGAUCAUAGGGGGACUCAGAUUCAAUCGGGGCGCGGCUUAUCUGUACGCACACUAAGCCACCACUUGCUCUCUUUAACACGCUAUUUGCGUUCGAUCUAGUUCAAUAAACAGACCGAGACGUAUGAGAGUCGCAGAGCAGAAAAUAAACUGCCAAGAACGGAUGGAGGAAUUGAUUUUUCAUUAUUUUUUUUUAUCUUAGUUUGAAUUUUUUUGUCAUUUAUUUUUGUCUCAAGGAACAUUUCUUUUGUGAAACAAUGCGAACCCUUUGGCAGCGAAUUACGUCCGUGCUAAUUAGCUAAUUGUGUUACAGUUUCUGCCAAGGACAUUUCGAUCUCCUAAUCCAUUACGUUCUCUCUAAUGAAUGGACGAACAAACGCUUGUUUUGUGCGUAUUAUAUAUAGAUUUUGUUUAUUACAUAUAAAUGGAUGUUGCUCCUGUGUUUGCUAUCUGCAUUUGUUUAAUGGAACCGACGCCCGUUGCGGCGCAACGAGUGUGAAAAGCAGGGAAAGGCGAAAGGGUUUUUCAGUAUUAGCGUUCGUUAUGAAUGAGAACCUUUUCUAAAAGUACCGUUAUAGCUCCAACAUUCAAGUUCCACAGUAACUAAAACUCGUUAAAUAGAAAGCCUGGCAAAUAUUCUUUUACGAUUUACUGUUACAUUUUCUUCGUUGUCCACGAGGACGCGACAUUUAUUUUAUUUCAGUCCUCUAUAAUAUCUUUUAGUAGGUAUUAUCUCGGCGUCACGAGAAAGUUUCUACAAUCCAUUUUUUACCUUGUCAAACUAGUUCACGGCCAUUUCAUAGUGUCAUAACUCUCCCUUGGAAGGUGAAUAUUUUCGCAAGCUAGCACACGAGGUAACAACAAGAUAGAAAAACGCCUCAUCUUGUUGGGGUCGUUCAUUUCAUGGUUGCACGAAAUCUGUCGGAUCGGUACUAACGUUGCUAGGUUACUUUUGUUUUUACGCGACUCUCGUCCGUGCUCCGUUUGCUCAUACCGGAUGACGACACAAAAACAAAUUUACGAGUUUGUAAGUAAACGAAUAAAUGAGAAGCGUAAACGUAACGUAAGGAUGUUUGAUGAUUCAGAAUACAAUUCUCAGAAUAAUUGAAUUCCUCUUUCGUUCGCAAUCUACUGUCUGGUUGUUUACUUCGAAUUGAGCUCAGAAAUUUAAAACUUGUCAAAGACAAUCUGUAUAAAAUUACCUUUGUUUGUAGAUUAUAGACGAAUAUAUGUACAUCUUAAAAAUAUGUUAGUUAAAUCACAAUCUUUAAUGAGUAAGACAUUAGAUAUGUAAAUAUAGAUGCUGUAAAUAUAACGACCUGUAAAUAAAAUAUAAUGUGAUUGUAAUUUCUUGACAGCCAAAAAUACAUUUUUAUGUAUUAAUAAUUUCUAUGGGAGCGAGGGUUCAUACAUCGCUGACAUCUAAUACAAGUAGUUAUCGAAAGGGUUGUGUAAUAAACUAUCAAAAUAUAGAUGUAUUUAAUGAUGUUAUUUAACAAUUUAUAAGAAUGCAGAUAUAGUAAUAAAACAGUCGAAAUAUA